UGGGUACUGAUAGACAGCACUGAUAGGUGGUACUGACUGACAUCACUGCUGGGCACUGACUGGCACAACCGCUGGGCACUGACUGGUGGCACUGACUGGCAGCACUGCUGGGCUGCACUGAUGGGCACUGGUGGGUGGCACUGAUGGGCACAGGUAGGUGGCACUUAUGGGCACAGGUGGGUGGCACUGGUGGGCACAGGUGGGUGGGCACAGGUGGGUGGCACUGCUGGGCACAGGUAGGUGGCACUUCUGGGCACAGGUGGGCAGAACUUGCGGGUGGCAUUGCUGGGCACCGAUCAUCAGGGCACUGAUCAUCAGUGCCCUGAUGAUUGGUGCCGAUCCUCGCUCUGACAACUGCCGGUUCUCGGCAGUACUUUCCUCACGAUCUGACAGCGUGAGGAAAGUGCAGCCGAGAACUGGCACUUGC